AUGGCUUGGGUCUCUUGGGAUAAAAUGACCCAACCAAAGGUCAAAGGAGGCUUGAAUUUUAAGGAUUUCCAGAGCUUCAAUGAUGCUUUUCUAGCAAAGCUCAGCUGGAGAUUAAUCCACAACCCAUCAUGCCUUUUGAGUCGGGUUCUGAUGGGAAAAUAUUGCCCAGAAACCUCUUUCCUGCAGGCCACACACAAAUCAGUGGAGUCUCACGGCUUGCGGGGACUUUUAAUUGGCAGAGACCUUAUCUACAACAACUCGGGAUGGGCCGUGGGCAAUGGCAAGUCAAUAAAAAUCUGGAGCGAUGCAUGGCUAAGCUACACAGACCAAGCUAUACCUAUGGGACCAGCGCCGGCAAAUAAAUUGGACCUCACAGUAGACUGCCUCCUCUUACCCGAUGGGUCCGACUGGAACAGAGAGGCUAUAAGAAGCUUGUUACCGCACGAAGAGAGCAGAAUCCUAAGCUUAAAGCCGAGCAGAACCGGUGCCCCAGACAAGCUCAUCUGGUUGGGAACUGAAUCAGGAGAGUACACGACCAAGUCAGGAUACCAAAAGGCACUAGAGAACUCAGCAGACCCGGAAGAGGUACAACCUGCAGAGACGUUUGACUGGAACUCUGGAGUUUGGAAACUGCAUAUAGCACCGAAGAUCAAGAUGUUUCUAUGGAAAAUUUUCCGUGGAGCUUUACCUGUAGGAGAAAGCUUGGCAAUAUGCAACAUAACUAGCGCCCUCAACUGUAAGAGAUGUAACACCCCAGAAUCUACCAAUCAUCUGUUCCUUCACUGCGGGAUAGCACAAAAGGCAUGGAAGCUAGCCUCAUUCUCAAACUGCAUUGACACUAGAGGAAUGGUAGAUUUAGCUGGUGCUUGGCCUACGCUUUGCAAAGAGACCUGCCUUCCGCCUACAGGCAUAACAUCAGGCCAACUGGCCCCUUGGAUACUUUGCUUUAUUUGGUUGGCAAGGAAUGAUCAUGUCUUUAACAACAAGGACACAACCCCGGAGGCAAUCAUCACCAAGGCUACAGUAGCGGCUCGAGAAUGGCUGACAGAACAGAGCCCAACCCAAGGGGAUCAAACCAAAGGAGCUCCCACUCCAACAAGUCACUCUGCUCUCAACCGUAACGCCAGCUCAACCCGAAUCCAAUCUGAUGCUGCUUGGCCCCAGGAUCUACAACUAGCGGGACUAGGCUGGGUGAUGGAUAGGGGUGAGAAUAGAAGCUCAUUCCUAGCUCAUUGCCAUUAUGUUAAUUCCCCACUGAUAGCCGAGGCAUUGGCCCUUCGAGAAGCUCUAAUAUGCUGCAUUGAAAAGGGAAUCCUUCAUGUAUACUGCGAGUCAGACUCCCUCAAACUGGUUAAAACGCUCAACAAAGAACCUCCGACGGUGGAACUGUAUGGCAUUGUUGCUGAUAUACUCUAUUUAUCAGAAGCCUUUGAAUCUAUUUCUUUUGUUUGGAUCAAACGUUGUAAGAAUAGAGAUGCUGAUGCUCUGGCAAAGCAGGCUCUCUGGAAUGAAUCCUCUGUAAUGGCUCCCCUGAAUUUUGGAGUUUAA